UUGGUAUAAAUUCUUUACGCUAAAGUUGUCAUUUACCAUUUUCUAAUAUUACUCUGUCUCAAGGUCGUGCAUUCUUUUCUGCACUUUACGGGUCCUUCACCUUUGAUAUAUCCCAGCGGCGGCGUGUUCUUAAGCUGUAAACCAUUGACAUUUUAAAUAUCGUAUAUCAAGGUGUCGUUUAUUUUAUAAAUGAUUACUCGAUGUUUUAUUAACUUGUCAAUGAACAACUGAUAAUUUAUAAAAAAAAAAACGCAUCGUUUGAUAAAAUGUUUGAUCAACACGAAAAGGGCUAAACAGUAAUAUCUUAAAUCUUAUUUUUAUCUCUUUAUAGAUGUUUUAUGAAUGAUAGAUUAUAAACAUGUCAUAUGAUAUAAUGAAAACAUUAUCAAGAUAAUAACCUAAUUUUCAGGAAGUGAUACUUAAAGAAAUUUUAAACUGUCAGAGUUGGAAGUAACCUCUUUAUGCGAAAUCCAUGAAAGACAAUAAUGGGAACUUUGUCUUCAGUCAGAAUGACUGGUAAAUGCACCGAUUUAAAAUCGGUAUCGGAAUUAAGUGUAAGAGGGACGGAAAUUAGUGACGAUUUCUUAAGCGUUGCUUGCGGAAGUGGGGUUUUUGAAUCAUUCGCAGCGUCUAUAUUUACAGGGGAUCGUGAUAACACUGUUCAAGAUUUGUGUGCUAUUUGUUAUGGUCAUCCUCAAAGAAUGAUUUCAUUUGCAACAUAUUUUUGCAAGCAAUGCGGUCUUCUGGGACGUUUCAUGUGUGAAAAUUGUUUACAUUACCAUAACAAGUUUACAAAGCAUGCAGACGUAAGGUCAUUGAAAGUUGCUGGAGCUAAAGCCAAUAGCUUUGACAAAUAUACAGAAUCGACUGACAUCGAAAAUGAAAACAGGGAAUUACAGAAAGAAGUUAAGGACUUGAGGAAACACAUAAAGAAAUUAGAAAAACGUCUUCAAUGAACAAAUAUAGAAUUAAAAUAACUGAGCUUCAAGCUUCAGGCAAGUCAUAUAUUUUUCACAUUCAUGCUCAUGGUAAGACAUUUGUUCGAUUUAUACGAAGCAAAUGAACUUCAAGAAAUCAGGGAGAUGCGAUUAGAAAAACAUGGUUUUAUUAAUGUGACUAAAUGAUUUCGAAUUACUAGAGUCUAUACAUCUCUAAGCACCAGCAGGUUGGGUGGUUGUGGACCCUGGUGUUGCUUAGAGUUUGUAACACUCGAUGUUAGCUAAAACAUCUUUGUUGUUAUGAUCUGAUCUAAAUUGUGUUGGUGCGGGGUAAAACCAACAAAACGAACAGUUAACAGAAAACAACAAUAAUUUUGAAGUAAGUGUUUAUUGUAAUAUACUUUGUUUAUAUAAGAAACCACGCAUAUAUAUCUUUAAGGUGGAACGCGACACUUUGCGAACUUUCGAGAAGCGUCUUGAAAAUUGGCAUGCAAAAACAUGACCAUAUUUCUGAUUGGGUUCCGUUGAUUUCAUUUCAAUAGUUUCAGUCAAUUUUUGUACACACGGCGUCAAAGUUGACCAUCAAAGCCCGUUUUUGAACAUGACGUCGUUGCGUAUCCUUGGCAACUGUUACAGGUAUUUCAACGCCAUUGGCGGACAAAAUAUCUUAAAUUCUACAGCAUCCGACGGAAAUUAUUUUUUCCUUUAAGCUGAUAUAAAGUUUAUCGUUUUACGCCGAAAAAUGUUUGCAAAAUGGAAAGAAAAUUGUGAAUUUUGUGUAAAAUUUGACGUUCAGUUUAGCCGCAAUUUUCGGCUUUAAAGCGGCUUAUUUAAAAAUUCCUGAAAUAAAUUUUUGAUUUUUUUCCUUAAAUGUACUUAAAAAUGUAAAAUUGGUCAAAAUAACUAAAAAAAAAUAGGGGGUCACAGACUCAAAUUUUUCGGUACACGUGAUUUCAUUUCCCCCACCCCUUGAAUAAUUUUGGAACGAAAUUCGACGUAUGUAGAUACGUUUCAGACUUCAAAGUGCGGCAAUAAUGUUCAGCUUAUCAGGAGAAUUGUUCAAGAGCUUUACUAAUACAUAUGAAACAACAACAACAAUGUUCCUUUGCAAAUGCUUAAAAUUUAAAACGAGACCUGGCGAUGAAAAAGCAUACGUGUAUUUAUAUUUAAAAUCUUAGCCUGGGAUUUAGGCGUUGAUAUUUUUGCUUAUUCAUAACAUACGCGCUAUUUUUUACGAGCACGUCGCAAUUUCUGAUUGAUAUAUACUCGAUUUUCUGAACAGAAGCAAAGACUGGAACCCAGACUAGUAAAGUCUAAAUACAGGAACAUUCCAAUAUAACGUGAAACCAUUGAGCAAAAAGGAACUGUCAGCAGUGAACGAAACUUGCUAGAUAUGUAACAACAAUUGUCUAACUAUCAUGGGCUUAUCAAGUGCAAUUUUAUUGAAUUUAUUAUCGCCUUUCCAUUUUGUGACGUUUAUGUUUGCUGAAAAAAAUGUACGAAAAACAAAAAAAAAUCUUUUUGUUUUUUUAACAUGAUUAAUAACUGCACAUGGAAUUGUAAACAGACGAAUGUACAGAAAAUGACGUCAGGCGUUCAACGGCAACACGUACGCUGCGCAAACAAGUACAGCGGAGAGUUAUUAUUGCGGUGUAGCUUUUUGAUAUUGUAAUACAUUAAAAUUAAUAAAACUAAAUCAAGAAAUAUGCCAUAAGGAACAACAAACAACUAUAUAUAUGUUUAUGUAACUUUAGAAAUUUACGGAAAUUCGAUCAUAAAUUCAUACAUGUGUAAGUAGACUACAAAAAAUUCUGCAAAGCUAUACAUUUUGCAUUACCCACACUAUGAGUGAUAUACUGUGAGUGAUAUGUAUUUUAUUUCACCUAUUAAAAACCAGAAUUUGAAUUUCAUUUGUAAGCAAAAACUAUUACAACAAUUUGACAGAGUUUAUGCUAAAUAACUGUGCGAAAUAUUGACAAAUUAAAAUAUACGGUUCAUAAAUGAAAUUUAGUCAAUUAUAUUAGCGUGAAGCAACAGUCAUGUUUGAAACGUUAGCUCAGUAGGUGUGGAUAACAGAUGUAGCACGUUCGAUUCUACAAGUAAAUAAACAUCUUUAAUACUUUUUUUCUCGUUUUGCUUAUCAUUUUAGAAUAUCAUAAUGUUAAAAAUAACGUUUAAUUGAGAAUUCACUAUACACGCUGUAUUAAAAACAUAACUUUCAAAUCGGCAUUUGUUUGUUUGUUUCAUUUUACGCCUUUUCCCAACAGUAUUUCAGUCAUAUAGGCGGGUAGUUCUCAACCAUCGUUCCUGGUGAGUUACACCAGUACUAGACUACCUUCCUCCGCGCUAAACUACCAAAGCAUCUCCCGGGGAUCGAAUCCACGCCAGAGAGGUUACUUGAUUAGAAGUCAUCGACCUUUGCAAACAUUCAUUAUUCACUGUAUAGCCAAAUUUAUGGUAGAAUUAAUUUGAACAGGAAAACUUAAAAACAGUAUUUUAAACAUGAAAUAUAAUAAAACGCUGUAAAUACACGUCUGCAGAUGUUUAGCAGAACAGGAUGGGCUAGAUACUGCACAAAGGAGUGUUGCGAUGUAAAUCUUUAUACAUAAUAAAGAUAUUUAAAUAUAUAUUGUCAUUUUGUAUCAGUACAUUCUACGGGCACUGUCGAGGAUCUGGCGAUGUUUUAUAUGUUCUGUUCACUGACCAUUUAAUCAGUAUGCAAUUGACAUGUUAAUGAAACCGGGAAAUAUUACAUUUUACUCAAAGUUUUACUGUUUAAAAAUGUUAUUCUGACAAAUGUCAGAUCAGACUAUUAUUUCUUUCCUCUUGUAGAAAGUGGGUCAUUCUGAAUUACAUCCUUAUUCUCUUUUUUAUAUACAAAAUGUAUAUUUACAAGAAAAAAAAUCAUAUUUUGGUAAUAUCUGACCUUGUAAUUAACAAAAUACGUAUUUAAGUAAAUACAAACAUCAUACAAAGUUCCCGUAUAUUACGAGUGUACGGAUGACGGUAUAUUAGUCAUAUACGAAUUGCAUGAUAUACGGUCCCGUACAUCUAAGUAUUCAAAUUUCACUUAUUUUUGCCUAUCAAUAAUAUUCGGAAUUCCGUAUCCUUUAUUGUAUCCAUAUAUUUUCCGAAGUGGUCAUAAUGGCGUAAAAUUCCGUUUAUAGCGGGAUUUUGACAAAGGGCGAUCGUUUUAAUGACAUAAAAAUUACAAACGCCCCGUGAUAGCGUGACUUUUAUCCGAAGGGGUUGGGGAAAUAUAAUCACAUGUACCGAAAAAAUUGAGUCGGUGACCCCCUAUUUUGUUUUAGUCAUUUAGACUAAGUAUACAUUUUAAAGUACGUUAAAAGAAACAAGAGGGCCAUGAUGGCCCUAGAUCGCUCACCUGACUUAUCAAACUAAUCCAAACAAUUACCUAGACAAGCAUUCUGACCAAGUCUCAUGACAGGCGAGUCAAAAAUGUGACCACUACAGUGUUAUCCAAUA